AUGAAAGAGACUAUGGAAAAAAUCCAAAAUACCACUCAUGGAUCUGGUUGUUUUGAACACUGCACGCCUCCGCAAAGCAGCCCGCCGACCUCCUCUGCGGUCAGUCGCCUUCUGAGAUUUGGAGCUGUGGCUCUUAUUGUCGGUGCAGUGUUGAUGUUAUGUGCAUCCAUGGCUGCUCUCUACCUGUGGAAAGUCAGCGAUAAAAAUGUUUAUAAUGUUCGUUACAGUAUGAACAUCAAUGGAGAGGUGAGGCAGGGUUCCGUGGAAAUUGAUUCAGACAACAACCUGGAGAGCUUUAAAACUGGGAGUGGAGCUGAGGAAGCUGUGGAGAUUCAUGACUUUCAAAUUGGAAUAACCGGAAUCCGCUUCUUUGGAGGAGACAAGUGCUAUAUAAAAUCCCAAAUCAAAGCCCGCCUUCCACACAUGGGAGCUCACAACAAAGAGUCGCUGAUGUUUGACCUGACAGAUGAAGACAUUCCAGCUAAGUUUGAUGAUGACUUCCUCAUAUGGGUUUCUGCAGAGCAGCCUCUGAAGGACACCAGCUUUCUGAGCAACAAAAUUCUGGGUCUUUGCAGAGAACUUCCCAUUUACUGGCUCCAACCUAUCUACCCUAAAGAUGGGGAGAGGAGAAAGAGAGACACACAGCGAGCCAAACGGCAGUUUAACAUAGAGGAGUUGGAUGCAGCUGCUGAGGAGAGGAACCUGGUGAGUCACACAGAAGAUGACACCUCCAGAGUCAGGGAAGAAGAGGAAGGGGGGCAGUCUGCUGCAGGGUCAGCAUACAAUCCCGAAAACCCCUAUCAUCGCAGCGGAGGGGCCAGAGAGGAAGGCGCCAUGACCUUUGACACCAUGUUAGACCACCAGGGGAUCUGCUGCUCAGAAUGCCAACGCGGCUACACUCACUGUCAGAGAAUAUGCGAGCCCCUGCGUGGCUACUGGCCCUGGCCUUACAACCACAGAGGAUGCCAGGUAGCUUGCCGAGUCAUUAUGCCCUGUCGCUGGUGGGUGGCACGCAUAUUAGGGGUUGUGUAA